AUGCCUCCAGGUGUAAAUCCAUUACCUUUGGAGGAGGCUGGUUGGUUUGAAGAUCUUCCAGUUAGCACGCCAGAAGUAGCUGAACAGAAUUUGAGAAGAAUACGAGAAUGUCAAAUCAAGGUCAAAACAAUUUUUUGCCAGAUAUUUGCACCUUUAACCGCGAAAAUAGAGCCCAAAAUUGUACGUCCAGUUGAGCUCGUGGUCAAGUAUGAAUAUGUUCCGAUGCAACUUAUCCAGAUAGCGUUACGUGUUGAAUAUUUUGUAUCAGUCUCUCAGAUUAAGGGCAUUCAGCAAUGCAAAUCAUACCAGGGAGAACAGAUUGAAUGCACUGAAACUGAUAUAGAUAAAAGUAUCGUACAGCUCACGCUAGGUGGCGCUAUCAGCAGCUGGGACUUCAAAUAUAGGAUGGACAAAAGGCAAAUUCGCUCAACUUUCUUAUUCCACUUCAAAUUAGGCCGAAAAGCUGCCGAGAUAGUUCGCGACAUUAACGAUGAUAUUGGCCAAGGAACCACUAACGAACGUUCUAUAACAGGAUCGUCAAGCUGUCUAGUAAAUCAUACAAGACUUAAAAACAACGUUUUCGAAAAAUCUGCUGUAAUACUAGUGAAAUUGUAA